AUGAAUCACUAAGAAAUCACAAUAUAAAACUAUUCAUAAAAGAAUGAGUCCGGGUAUAAAAAUAUGUAUGUACGGGGAACACGAAAGAAGACUUCCGUGCUGAUAACCGCAACUUUUCAAUGAAUGUUGUACAAAACGUAAACCAGUCGAAUACGGACGGUCGCUUAGAAAUGUGUAAACAAAUAAUAGUAUAUCUAGUACUUACUUUGCACAGUGUAAGGCUCGGCAAAGUGAAAGCCUUGAUGGACGACGCUGCAGAACAGCCUUUAACGAUAUACAUAGAUGCAGGGAAUGAAAUCGGAAAUGUCGCAAAUAACAUAGCUUCGUAUGGUAGUAAACAAGAUAGCAUGGAGCAAACAUUAAAAAGUGUUCAAAACGUAAUGGAAAAAAUUGAACAGCGAUUGGUGGAAUUAGAGAGUGCUUUUAAGACUGCUGCGAACAUUCAGGAAAUCGUCGAACCUUUUAUCAAAUCAAUAGAAAAUCGUCUAAGCGACAUUGAGAACCACUUGAGUUCUACUGAAAAGAAUCAACAAAAAAACUAUGACCUAAUCGAGCAACGGUUAAAUGAGUUGGGAUUAAAUUUGACAUCAACGCUUAGUACACAUGCAGCAGUUCAAAAUGUCUAUGAAUCACUUGGUGACAGAUCGGAAAAUGUGGAAGACAUAAUAAAAGCAAAAAACGCGAACCUUAAACCUGAAGAUACUAGCAAUAAAGCGGAUGGGUCGCAAUUGGUCGUAUUUGGUGAUUGUACCGAAGGGAAGCAGCUGCUUAGAUCACUUUUUGAAGAGGGAAUAUAUAAUAUAAGCUUACCAAACUUUGAACCGUUCAACGUGUAUUGUCUGAACGAAUGUGCCUCCUGCUGCCCUUGGACUAUAGUAAUGAUGGGUAGUGGGCGUGGCGAAGAAAGCGUAUAUCAAAGAAGUUGGUUUGAGAACAAGUAUGGUUUUGGAUACGCGAAAAAGGAGUUUUUUAUUGGUUUAGAACGGCUGCAUGUGUUAACCAAGCGAGCGCCACAAGCUCUGCUGGUUCGCGACUAUACUACAGGAAAUCAAAUGUUGUUUAAGGAAUUCAGUAUUAAAGAGGAGCAAUACUUUUAUGCUGUGGAUAAAUUAGUAAGCUUUAACGAUGAUAUAACUGGCGAAGGUGAUUUAUUUAAUACUGAUAGUGUGUGUACGAAAGUUCGUGGUCAGAAUUGGUGGUACAAUCAAGGAUGUAUCGCCGGUCUAGGCAAAGAAAUGCUUUCUGAUGACAUUUAUAUGGCGAUUCAACCUAAGGCAUGCCAGCAGAAGCUCAGUAAUAAUUGAUUUUUGUAGUUUCUUAGUAUUUGAUAUUACUUUUAUUCAAUUUUUUUAUCCUGAAAAUUGUCUAGCAGGCAGAAUUAUUUGAAAAAAAAUUCUGAUGUACAAAUACAAAUAUAUAAUACAUAUUAUAAUUGCA